AAGGUGACGGGCAUGCGCGGCCCCUUCGCGUGUCUGAACUCGGCGCGCCUCGGCAUCGCCUGGGGCGCCUGGGGAGCUGCCGAGGACUGCCUGGAGAAAGCGAGGCGGUACACACUGGACCGGAAGCAAUUCAACCGCCCCCUGGCUGCGAACCAGCUCAUCCAGAUGAAGAUGGCCAACAGCCUGACCGAGAUCACCAUCGGCCUCAACGCGGUGCUGCAGGCGACGCGCAUGAAGGAGGCGGGCAAGCUCCACUCCAACGUCAUCUCGAUGAUGAAGAGGAACUCGUGCACCAAGGCGCUGGCCAUCGCCCGCGAGUGCCGCGACAUGCUCGGAGGCAACGGCAUCGUGGACGAAUACGGCAUCAUCCGGCACGUCUGCAACCUCGAGGCAGUCAACACGUACGAGG